AUGUACGUGAUGAGUUCUACUCCCAAUGUUUUGGUGUACCUCCUGGUCAUGUCCUAUUGUGUCGUAAAGAUCGCUUGUCGAGUGGAGUUCACGAACAUAAAGUGCAAUUCUGAGGACAAGGAAUUCUCCGAUUUUGAAUAUUGUUACCUGAAAUCUGUGAACCGGAGCUACAAAUAUCUAUCGCUGAAAGUCAAUCUGUUUCAAGUUCCCGUUACCAAAUUCUCGACAAAAUUUGGACUGUACAAGCGAUUCAGUGGAUAUAAACCUUUCCUUUACAAUUUCACUGUGAAUGGCUGCAAUUUCCUUAAACGUCCAAAAUCCUUCCCCGUCGUAAGUUAUUUUUAUGAGAUCUUCAAAGACUAUUCAAAUAUGAAUCAUUCAUGUCCCUACGAUCAUGAUAUAAUAGUGGAUAAGCUUACCAUCGAGCGGAUCAAUAACCGAUUCUCAAAAACACUGACCUUUCCCGAGGGCGAUUACAUGUUCGAGUUCCACUUUCUGGCCUACGGCAUCAACCGUGCGGUGGUUAAAGUAUAUUUCACCCUUUCGUGA